UCCCCUGUCCUUAAGCUAGCAGAGAUUGGCCUCUCGACGACGUCAGGAUGACUAGCCAAGAACAACCUGCCACCCUCGGCCGGGGAGACGCCGGCAGCACGAAGGCGGCGGCGCACUUCGUGUUCGUCCCGCUUAACGAGCAAGGCCACCUGAUCCCGGCCGUCGACACCGCGCUGCUGCUGGCCACCCACGGCGCGCUCUGCACCAUCGUCGCGCCCCCGUCCACGGCUGCGCGGGUGCGCCACACCGUCGACGCCGCCCGGCACUCCGGGCUGCCGGUCCGGCUCGUCGAGUUCCCCCUCGACUACGCCGCGGCCGGCCUGCCGGAGGGGGCGGACCACGCCGACCGCAUCGAGCCAAGGUACAUGAUGAGCUACUACCGCGCCGUGGCGCUCCUUCGCGCGCCCAUCGAGCGCUACCUCCGCGCGCGUGCGCCGUACCCGACCUGCGUCGUCUCCGACUUCUUCAACCCCUGGACCACGGAGCUCGCCGCCGGCCUCGGCGUCCCCCGGCUCAGCUUCUUCUGCAUGUGCGCUUUCUCCAUCCUCUGCCAGCACAACCUCGAGAGGUUCCACGCGUUCGCCGGCGUGGAGGACAGCAACGAGCCGGUCGUCGUGCCGGGCCUGGAGACGAGGAGGGUCGUGGUGACGAGGGCGCAGGCGCCGGGCUUCCUCCGGGGCAUCCCGAUCCCGGAGUGGGAGGCGCUGGCGGACUACAUUGAGCGCGCGCGGGCCGAGGCCGACGGCGUCAUCUUCAACACGUUCCUGGAGCUGGAGCCGGAGUACGCCGCCGGCUACGCGGCGGCGAGGGGGAUGAAGGUCUGGACAGUCGGCCCGGUGUCUCUGUACCACCAGCAGGCCGGCGCCGCGGCUACGCUAGCGUCGAGGGGGAAGGGGAACAACGACACCCCCGCCGUCGACGCCGCGGGGUGCCUCCGGUGGCUCGACGGCAGGGACCCCGGCUCCGUCCUGUACGUCAGCUUCGGGAGCAUCGUGCAGCCGGAGCCGAAGCAGGUCGUCGAGCUCGGCCUCGGGCUGGAGGCGUCGGGGCACCCGUUCGUCUGGGUGGUCAGGAACGCCGGCGGGUACGACGAGGCGGUGCGCGCCUUCCUGGACGAGCUCGAGGCGCGCGUCGCCGGGCGCGGCCUGAUCGUGAGGGGGUGGGCGCCCCAGGCGGUGAUCCUAUCCCACGCCGCGGCGGGCGGCUUCGUGACGCACUGCGGGUGGAACUCGAUGCUGGAGGCGAUCGUGGCCGGGCUGCCGGUGGUGACGUGGCCGCACUUCGCGGACCAGUUCCUGAACGAGAAGAUGGCCGUGGAGGUGCUCGGGAUCGGGGUCAGCGUCGGGGUGAAGGAGCCCUUGAUCUACCAGGCCGUGAAGAAGGAGAUAGUGGUUGGGCGGGACGUGGUGGAGGCGGCCGUGAGGAGCGUUAUGGGCGGCGGGGAGGAGGCGGAGCGGAGGCGGCGGCGGGUGCGCGCGCUCGCCGCGAAGGCGAGGGCGGCCGUGCAGGAGGGCGGGUCGUCGCACGCCAACCUGCUGGACCUGGUCAAGCGUUUCGAGCCGCGUGACAACUGACAACUUUUAGCGCGGCCCGCUUGGUUAACGCCUUAACGGUCCGGGGUUGCGUGUGCCAGCAUCAGAUAGAUAUCUCACUUGUACAAUUGUUGGUGUCAGUAAAUUAAAUCUGAA